CAGGCUAAAUAAGUACGAUGUAUUACAAAUAUAUACUGUUAUGAAUCGGUAAUGAUAAUAAUAAUAAAUUUAUUUAUGCAUAUAAUACAUGAAUAGUACAAAACUUAUUCUUUAUCAUCACAAUUUAAAGUUUAUUGAAUGAAUGUGAAUAUGGGUAUUCCAAUUGAUCGAUUUGUAAAUCCAGUUGAUGAAAAUCUAAUCUGUGGUAUUUGUCAUGGUGUAUUUAUUAUACCUGUAGUAACAGAAUGUGGUCAUACAUUUUGUGCUAAUUGUUUAAAAAUAUGGUUAAAUUCAAAAUUGGAACAUUUAAAUCAUUUAACAAUAAGUGAUAAUGAACGAACACGUUUUCAAUUUACAUGUCCAACUUGUCGAACAAAAUUAAAUGUUAAUAAUUCACAACAGAAUAAUUCUAUAAAUUCAGUCGUAAAUACAACAAACAAUAUAAAUAAUCAUAUUAAUAAUUAUUGUUUUCAUGAUAAACCAAAUAUUAAUUUAUUAUCAAUAGCUAGACCAGUACUUGCAUUAAAGAAUUUUUUAAAUUCUUUACAAAUCUAUUGUGAAUAUGCUAAACGUGGAUGUACUACUAUUGGCAGUGUAGAAUUAAUACAUUUUGGUAAUCAUCGACAUGUAUGCGCUUAUGUACCAGUUGAUUGUGCUGGUUGUGGUAGAACAUUAAAUAGAAUUGAAUUAGCUGCUCAUCAAUUAGGCUGUUUUGGUAUACAGGCUGAACUAGGUGAAAUACACCGAGAAAAUAUUAAACUAUCACAAGAAGUACAAUCAACAGUUGAUGUUGGUAUUCAAACUUUAACAUGUUCCUUAGAAGAAGAAGAAGAAGAAUUGAUUCGUCAAAGAAAUUGUACACAUUUAACACAAUCCAAAGAGAUAACAACAAAUUUAUGCAGUUCUAGUGUUCAAACAUAUGAUGAAAAUUUAAAAAGUACAUGUGAUUUUCAAGUUCAAACAGACUUCAAUCAUAAUUUCUCUUCGAUAAAAAUUGAUCAACACUAUAAUAACAGAAGUUUACAACUUUUAAAUGUUAGUUUAAUUAAACUUGUUCAUGCACUACGUGUGGAAUUAGACUCAGCUCAAAAUGAAUUAUAUAUGAGAAAUGGGAAAUAAGUUUAAUAUUCUUAAAAUAAUGAAGAUUAUCAAAUAUUUAUUGACUUAUUUAAUUAAAUAAAUUAAUUCAUCAACUAUGUAAAACAUGUUUUUAUACUAUUAUCAGAAUAAUAAAUUAUAAGCGUACAAAAAGAAGGUAAAAUAUAUUACACAUUUAUGGAUUUAUCUGUUAGAGUUUGAUUACUGACAUUGUUCAAGAAUCCUCCAAAUGCCUUGGUACGGCCGAGAGUGGGGAGAGUCCGUUCUCCCUCUCGAAAUGCUCUCACAUGGCCACGCGUAUAUAGCCUCUGCCAAGGAAGUCUUACUCAUUGCCUUCUCGUGGCGGGGUUGUUGUCUGCGAAAAAUGUGAGGACGAAAAGCGAAUGUCCGGCGCUUUAACCAGAUCCCAAACCAAUGGUGUACAUGGACUCCAGUAUCCUGCGGAAACAAAUGGCGUAUGAAUUAAUCGUUGGUCACCAGCUACCAUGGGACUGCAUCUCCUUACGA